CUGUCAGGGUGGGUGCCCGUCCUCUGGGUUACCCAGCGUAGCCUUCUCUGCCUGUGAUCUGCAUCCUCCCGCGUCUGCAACAGCCGCUGCCACGUCUCUGUGGGGUGAGCAGUGGGUUCCUCACAAAGCUGCCUGUCCUUCUCGGUGAACUCAGAGUAAAGAGGGCCGACUGGUUUGACUUUUAACCCAGGAGGGUCUCUCUUUAACUUGCACAACAGGUUUUAUAAAUGUUGUAUUUUAUGUAUUGUGUGUCUGAGUUGGCUGAAAUGGAGACCUGGGCCCCUUCCCCCACUUCCUUUCCUGCGUUUUGGAUUUUCUUCAUUUUUGUGGGUCAUGCUUUGAUUUGGCGAGAGGAAAGGCAGUUCAGUGUGAGUGUGUAAGUUCAGCCAAACCCUGGCAUUUGUGGCCCGUUGAUAAGUACCAGGUAGAACUAACCAGUAUACCUGUGUGGUGAUGAACUUACGCCUGAGGAACUGAGGAACUUGUGGAACGCAGGAGACUGCAGUGUGGACAACAGUAGUUAAGUGUAAUUAGUGACACAUCUGAGUUAAAAGGUGGAGGCACCAAAAGGUACUUCCUGUCUGGUGAAUGACACCAGCCCCAGGUGUCACCAGGCGGCCUGUUUUUUGUUGACUGGAGAGCAGGGUGGGCUUUGGGGUGAGUGUGGCCUGACAGCUACUGGUGCCUAUUCUGGGGCUGGGGGGGCUGCCACCAUGGGCAGGGGACGGGGGGCCAGCAGUGUCAGUGUCCUACAGUGGAAUCGAGUCCUCAGUUUUUGCUUGAUGGAAUUUAAUGAUUCUCCAUUGCCUUUUUCCUUCAGUAGAGCUGUUAUUAUAGAACUGUUAUUAUUAUUAUAUAAAUUAUAUAUUUAUUGUUAUUAUGUUAAGUGUUUUCUUGCCCCAAUUCUAGUAGAAUUUAACCAGUGUUCUAGAAGAAAAUGUCCUACCCCAUUGCGGUUUCCUUAGAAUUGCAGGAGGCUGCUCAAAACUGCUCCUGGGGAGAGCUUUGUCUGUUGUUUGGAUCAGGCAGAGUGUUUGGGAGUUAUUGUCUGAACCCUGCCAAGGAGGGCAGAGGGGAUUAUGAAGAGAGAACAUCAGCACUCUUGAUCUGACAUCACCUCGUGGGUGUGAAAGCACCCUCAUUUCCAACACCACAGUGAUUAAGAUUGGAGGACGUUGUUCAGUCCAGCCACAUCUCUGAAUUUUUAAAAAAACAAAUUCUGAUAUACAGGUGACAUCCUCACUGACAUCCAGAAACAGAGCAAAGCCUGUUAUCAGUACCAUUGCUAUGUAGCACUGGCUGUGGACAAUCAGAUGGUGUAGAAGAAUAAAGCCUGAACCCCUGGAAGCAGGGACCUCACCACAAUUCUUCUGUGUGCCUAAUCCGCAGGUAGCUCUUGGAAGACUAAGCUGACACAAUGGACUGGGGCACCCUGCACACUUUCAUCGGGGGUGUCAAUAAACAUUCGACCAGCAUCGGAAGGGUGUGGAUCACAGUCAUCUUUAUCUUUCGUGUCAUGAUCCUCGUGGUGGCUGCUCAAGAAGUGUGGGGUGAUGAGCAGGAAGAUUUUGUCUGCAACACUCUGCAGCCAGGAUGCAAAAACGUGUGCUACGACCACUUCUUCCCCAUGUCCCACAUCCGACUGUGGGCAUUGCAACUCAUUUUUGUCUCCACGCCUGCCCUGCUAGUAGCGAUGCAUGUUGCCUACUACAGACAUGAGACCACCCGCAAGUUCAGGCGAGGAGAGAAGAGGAAUGAAUUCAAAGACAUAGAAGACAUUAAAAAACAAAAGGUUCGGAUAGAGGGUUCCCUGUGGUGGACAUACACCAGCAGUAUUUUUUUCAGAAUCAUCUUUGAAGCAUCUUUCAUGUAUGUGUUUUACUUCCUGUACAACGGUUACCACCUGCCCUGGGUAUUGAAAUGUGGGAUUGAUCCUUGCCCCAAUCUGGUUGACUGCUUUAUUUCUAGACCUACUGAAAAGACCGUGUUCACCAUUUUUAUGAUUUCUGCAUCUGUGAUUUGCAUGCUGCUUAAUGUGGCUGAGCUGUGUUACCUGCUGCUAAAAGUGUGUUUUAGGAGAUCAAAGAGAGCACAGACGCAAACAAAUCACCCCAAUCAUGCCUUGAGAGAAAGUAAGCAAAAUGAAAUGAAUGAGCUGAUUUCAGAUAGUGGUCAAAAUGCAAUCACAGGCUUUCCAAGUUAAACAUUUCAAAGUAAAAUGUAGCUGAUUUAUAACAAAAUGUUGUCUUCUCCUGAAGGCAAUGCCAACCUAAAAAUGCCCUCUCUAGGCUGAAGAGUUUCUGUUUAUGAAAGACUUUCGUAAUAAAUAGAUACUUGAAUUAACUUUUUUGUAGAAUAACUGUGCCAUUAACAUGCAACAUAAUCAAACCUGUGGUCCAGCUCUGAAAACUAGAAGAUUGUUGACAACUCUGCCUUAAAGUAACUUUAACAUACUGUGUUAAAGUGGACUAUCUGACAUUGUAGGUGUUCCCUGAAAAUUUAAGUAUGUAACUGUUAUUGAUAAAGAACAUUUAUCUAGAAAUUGGUACUUUUAUUAGUAAAAGAUAUUUUUAUAGGAUUGAAUGUUUUAGUUCUGACUUGAAGUUUAUAUAAAGUAUUUUUAUAACAACUUGUCUUCCUUACCUGGAAAAACAUACAAUGUUAAUUAUGGAAUGAUACCAUAAGUACCUAAAUUUUGAACUUACAAAAGGUCUGUCUUGUACAUAUUGUUUUACGUUGUCUAUUGACAAAUUUAUGAACUAUCAAGAUACUCUGAAGGUGGAAAGUGUUCACUGUACAAUAUAUACUACUUUCUGAACGUAGACACAGCUGUAUGGAAGUAGAAAGCUUUUUAAACUAGCCUAUUUGUCAAUCAUUUUGAAAAACUUAAACAUGAAUGUGAUUGCCUCAAUAAAGAUAAGCCCUAUUCCUUAAGCUUUACCAUGCAU